AUGAAAGGUAUUGACCACGAGUCGUCCCUUCGGUUCCACGACCGAUGGAUCUCCCGGGAUGAUUUUCAAGCCGGUGGAGAUGCUGAACAACCGCCGAACAUGAUGGACACCUUCGAAAAGUUCAAGCGUCAAGCCGUGAAAUCCGUCGUCCCUGGCGACGAUCCAAGUAGACUAUCCGGAAGUGCUUCUUCAAAGUCAAAACUAGGUGGCCUUUUGAGCUGGCAGCUUGCAGCGUUACUCUCUGUCCUUUGUGUUGGAGCCGCGGUUGUAGGUGUUAUCCUUGGUGUCCUCUAUUGGCCGAAAUCCGCGUUUGGCGAGAGAACAGAACCAGGUGAUGAGGUGGGGAAAGCCGGAAUCGGUGGUGUGGACAGCGAAGGCGACAGAUCGUUGGCCCACUCUGCUCAGAUGUACCACUACCAGCAGCAAAAACAGCAGAUGCUCGCAAUGCAACAAGCGUCAGGCAAGGUACGCAGCCUGGACAGCAAUUCGGACAGCGGGGACGAAUGUGACGAGCCAGACGUCAAUGUCUACGAGUGUCCCGGGCUUGCGGUGGUGAGUGAACUGGAAGUGAAGAAUCCUCUAUACAAAGACGAGCCUACCGAGGCCAGCGGAACGCAAAACACUGGUGCCGACGUUCCGAAGUAG